AUCACGGAGAAGUCUUCCAUUCUCAUUUGUCUCUGGGGACACCUGUGAAGAUUGGUGUGGCGACAACUCCCCAGAAAGAAAGAAAGAAAGAAAGAAAGAAAGAAAGAAAGAAAGAGGCACUUGUGCUUUUUUGCCAGACUUAUCCUUCCUUUGAGUUGGAUAAGAUACCUGCCAAGAUGUUCCAAUUACAAGGCCCACAACUGCUGCAGAUGCUAGAGAAAUCCUUGAGGAAAUUCCUCCCUGAGUCCCUAAAGGUUUAUGGGACUGUCUUCCACAUGAACCAGGGAAACCCAUUCAAGCUGAUGGCCCUGGUGGACAAGUGGCCUGAUUUUAAUACAGUGGUUGUCCGCCCUCAGGAGCAGGAGAUGACAGAUGACUUUGAUCACUAUACCAAUACCUACCAAAUCUAUUCCAAAGAUCCCAAGAACUGUCAAGAAUUCCUUGACACAUCAGAUGUCAUCAAUUGGAAACAACAUUUACAGAUCCAAAGUUCACAGUCCAGCCUGGAUGAGAAUAUACACAAUCUUGCAGCCAUUAAACAGGUCAAAGUCAAGCAAUCACAAUGCAUCCUCUAUAUGAUGCCCAAGACAGCCAGAAGACUGCUCCCUUCCCUGCCAGAGGCAAACAACUUUACUCUUAAAACUGGCAAACCCAAAUCCAUUAAUGAAGAGUUGUUUAAACUAUCCUCCCUGGAUGUUACCCAUGCUACCCUGGUGGAUAAAUUCUGGCAUUUCGGUGGCAAUGAGAGAAGCCAGAGAUUCAUCAAGCGCUGUAUCCAGACCUUCCCCUCCUUCUGUCUGCUGGGGCCUGAGGGAACCCCUGUAUGCUGGAACAUAAUGGACCAGACAGGAGAGAUACGAAUGGGGGCCACCCUGCCUGAGUACCGGGGCCAGGGUCUAAUAUCCCAUAUGUUGUUUGCCACUACUCAGGCUUUGGACAAACGCGGCUUUCCUGUAUACAACCAUACAGACAAAGCCAACAAUAUCAUUCAGAAAUGCAGUCAUAAUCUGCACCAUGUCCGCUUGCCCUGUGACUGGAACCAGUGGCAAUGUGUGCCUCUUUGA